AUGAAGUUGUACCAUGAAAAGAAGAUCGAGAAAAGAAUAUUCAAACUCGGUGAUUUAGUCUUGUUAUACAAUUUAAGAUUUUGCUUCUUUCCUAGCAAGUUGAAAUUAAGAUGGACCGGACCUUUCACUGUGGUCAAGGUGUUCCCAUAUGGUGCUAUUGAGGUAAAGCGUGAUGGUGAUGUCCCAUUUAAAGUGAACCAGCAGCGAGUGAAACACUACAUGGAAAACUUGAAAGAAGUUAGAGUUUAUGCUGAGAUAGACCUAGGAGAUCCGCAAUUGCAGCUAGACCUGCGUGAUCAUGGCUUAGCAGAGGAGUUCAGCCCAAGGGAAAAAUUGGAAAUGCACAUGGCUGAUCCUAAUUUUGACAAAAAGACUUAA